AUGAAAGAUGAAGAGACUCUGGAAGAAUUGAUUCGAUUUAAAGAGGCACUUGCACGGCCAGAAAAUGCAUCUGAUUCAAGUUCGUCAGUUAAUAUUUAUCUCGGAAAUAGAGGAUGUAAAUUAAAGCGCAAAGCACGUUAUGCUUAUCGUGGAAAACUUGGAAUUCCUUCCAGUAUUCUUACAGACCGUAAGACGGUAUAUUAUGGAUCAAAGGGGCGUACAGUAAUUCAAAGAAAAAAACAUCGAGAUGGGUCAAUCGAUACGGAUACAGAAAUGUCUACUCAUUCGGAUGAUCCAUAUCACGAUAUUGAUAUUGAUGAAUUAUUGGCACCUAUUUCUCAUCCUGCGGAAUUUUUACGUCGAUCUUGUCGAAAAUCUUUACAAUCUUGUUUAGAAAGUUUAGCAAGACAAUUAUUGGAUACUAUUUCUGAAGAACGUACAUAUAAUAUAUUAUUAUCGAAACUUCUUUCUUUUCUUCUUGGAGAUGAUACAUUUGUUAAUAUGACAUCUCAUUUAAAAUUUCAAGAAACUAAAGAAAUGACCCAGUUUUCCACAGAUCAAACAAUGACUAAGACAUUACCUCUAGGAAUUGAAGUUUCUCAAUCAAUACCAUGUCAAUUGCCUUCGUUUAUGGAUUUUUCUUCUACUAUGAAUGAUACUCUUUUAUGGUGUCAACAAAUGGGUUUAUCCCAAACUGAUAUAAAUGAUUUACGUAAAUUGCUUCAAUCUGCAUUAGAUCGAAGUAUGGAAUAUAUAAGAUGUUUGAUGCAAGUACGAAAUGGAAUUAUUCGUGCUCAACGACUUAUGAAAAAAGUUCAUGAAUGGUGUGAUGAAGCUUCUAAAAGAGAAUCAUAG